AUGUCGCAACUGCCUCCAGAGAUUCUCCAGCAGAUCGGUUUCCAUCUCGACAACCGGUCCCGUCUAUCCUCCCUACUAGUCAACCGACUCUGGAACGAGGUCUUUACAACGUCCCUUUGGCAUACUAUCUCGAGCGACGACACGAACCCAUGGCGCCGGAUCUUCAAACCAGCCAAUUGCCAGAACCUUUACACUCACAACUACUCCUCCUCACACGAUGACAAGGACAAGGGCAAGGAUGAUGAUGUUGAGCCAGAGGAAGAGCGAGAGUUUCGGAUACGACAGCUUCAGAAGUAUGGACACCUCAUUCGGCAUAUUACUAUUUAUGAUAGCUGGUCCGUUGGUCUCCUCCUCCAGGCCAGGGUGGUGACGCAGUUAAAGUCAUUGGUCAUCUUUGGAUACCGUCAUCCGGCACAUGCUGGACUUUCGGUCGAUGUUUUGACGGAGCUCGUGAAGGAUGUGCCUGCUCGCUUGUUCAAGAGGAUUGUGAAUGACUCUUCGUCCGUCGCACUUGCUCAGGCCUGCUGGCAGUUGAUUGUCAACAACCAUGGCCUCACUAGUGUUCGGUUCAUGUACUCGACUGUGCAGUCGAUAUCUUUCUUUGACACCCCUCAUUCUAGAAACACUUAUAGUGGCGAGGAUGACACCAUCGUCAGCGAUGAUGAUGACAACUUGCUCUCGACGCCUACACAGUACCUCAUCAACGUUGUGUCGAAAAUGCCCAGGCUAUCCCACCUACGCUUGGCACCCUCCCCCACCGAAUGGCUACUCCCAGCACUGGCCAAUUCCCUCCUCCCAACAAUUCGGUCCUACGUCUUAUCCAACAGCGACAUGGCCAGCCUCGACAACCUCGCCCCUCCCUCACCGUCGUCUCCUUGCACAACCCUCGAAUCUCUCCAGAUCUUGCUCCCGAUUCGUCUCCGUCAUCUGCGAUCCAUCGCCUCUACCUUUCCUGGACUCAAGAGGUUGGAGAUGUGGACCUGUCGUGCAGACUCGAAGGACGCCCGUCUAUUGCACUAUAACCCCAACACACACAGUAACAGCGGCAGCAGUCCAAUGGAGGUCAUUGUCCACACAGGAAUGGAACGUAUCCAAAUCUCGGAAGUGUAUGACCUCCUCCGAGCACAGGUGCUCUUCCCAAACGUCAAAACCUUGGGCCCGAUUGUCAACAUUGUCGACCUCCGCCAGCUCCUCCUCAUCCUUCGGUCCUUCCCUGCGCUCGAGGAUCUGCAGGCGUUUCAUUUCAAGGGUCAGGACAGUGAUCGGGAUUCGAGGCUCUCGAUUGAGAAGGAGCCUGAUUGGAAGCUCAAGACGUUGAUCCUUCGCUUGAACCAGUUCCGACCACGGACUAUGACUAGGAUGUUGGCAAAGAUGCCGUUCUUGGUUCGCAUUGAGCUGCGGUCCCUAACGUCUGAUUCUUUGGCUCUUCUUGCGACGCCUGGGAGAUAUCGGUUUCUGGAGCAUGUUCGGUUUAACCUUCGACAGCCUUGUUAUGAGGAGACGAAUCGGUUGUUGGUAGUGUGUCCGAACUUGAAGUCAAUUCAGGGGUUGGGGAUUGCGGUCCGGGCGGAGGAUAUGAUUGCAGAGCCGAGGUGGACUUGUUUGAGACUACAAAAGUUUCAUUGUGAGAUCCAUGGUGUCCCUCGAAUCGAUCCUGACCAGGAAGCGCAACUUUAUGAUGACCACUACAAGGACGAUGACCAGGAACAGCUCCUGGAGCUGCACCGACAGUCUCUUUUGGUCCAGCGACAAGUCUAUCAGCAACUGGCCCGACUCACUGAUCUUCGAUACCUAGACAUCGGAUUCCCACAACGCCGGUAUCGGCAGUACCCACCCACAUAUACCAUCACACGCAUCACAGGAACAGGAGACCCCGUCCGAACUCGAUGCUACAACACCCCGAUACCUGACACCCUCUCUUUCUCGCUCGCCUCUGGACUCGACGAACUAGCGACUCUACAUCGACUGGACACAUUUGGGUUCAAAGCUGUGAACCAUCAAAUCGGAGAGGAGGAGCUGCAAUGGAUGUCGAGGCAUUGGAGACAGUUGAGGACUGCGUAUGGUCUGGAUGCGUAUGUGGAUGGGCUUCUGUGUGAUGAAAAGGCAGAUAAGUUGGGGAGAAGGUUGAAAGAGUUG